AUGGAUUUUUUCAUGCCCCGCGCAAUUAGGUCGUUUGAAAUAACAUUGAAAACAUAUUUACGUCGAUUGCUUGACUUUGCUAGCGAUAAAGAGGUAUUUGAUAUUGAUGUCAAAAAUUAUGCAAUUAAAUCGGUGUUACUGUCGAUUAUGUUGACAUUUGCUGGUGAUUCUCCACAUGAUAGCAGAAUCAACUUUGAAAAAGCCAUUAUCAAUGCCAAUAUUGUACCAGACGUGGAUGUUCCUAGUGGAAGUAUAUUUGAUCAUUUUAUUUCUUUACCAGAUUGUGAAUGGCUUGAAUGGAAUAAUAAAGUUUCCGGAGUUGAACUUGAACCUCACCAAGUAUCAAACCCAAAUACUAUUGUUCCAACACUUGAUACGGUUAAGCACGAAAAUCUCGUGUACUCCAUAUUGAAUGAGCAUAGUCCGUUGUUACUUUGUGGACCACCUGGUUCUGGUAAAACUAUGACGUUGUUUGAAGCAUUAAGAAAAUCGCCUCAAUUAGAAUUAUUAUCAUUGAAUUUUUCCAAAGAGACAUCUCCGUUAUCGUUAUUGAAGUCAUUAGAUCAAUAUUGUGAAUACAGAAAGACAAAUCGUGGUGUACAACUUACUCCAAGAAUCAAUGGUAAAUGGGUUGUAGUUUUUUGUGAUGAAAUUAAUUUACCGCAAGUUGAUAAGUAUGGAAACCAAAACGUCAUUUCGUUAAUCCGACAAAUGAUUGAACAUAAUGGUUUCUGGAGGGUCAAAGAUAAUCAAUGGGUUACAUUAGAGAAUAUUCAAUUUGUUGGUGCCUGUAAUUCACCAAAAGAUCCAGGUAGAAACAGAUUAUCUGACAGAUUUUUACGUCAUGUACCUGUUAUUAUGGUUGAUUAUCCUGGUCAUACAUCGAUGCUUCAAAUAUAUCAGACUUUCAACUUGGCCAUUUUGAAAUGUGCACCUGAUUUACGUGGCUAUGCCAAAGCAAUCACAGAUGCUAGUAUUCAAGUGUAUGAGAAAACUAAAGAAAGAUUCAAUUCACUGAUUCAAAAACAUUACGUUUACUCACCUCGUGAAUUAACAAGAUGGAGUAGAGGUUUACUUGAAGCGUUGAAGUCUUCUGAAUAUAAGGAUUUACAUUCAUUUGUUCGUUUAUGGUAUCACGAAGGUUUACGAUUGUUUUAUGAUAGAUUGGUAUCUGAAGAUGAGAAGCGUUGGACUCUUGAAUUAUUUGCUGAAGUCGCACAAGAGUUUUUCCCAAAUGUCGAUUUGAUCUCUUGCUUUAAAGAGCCGGUAUUCUUCAGUAAUUGGAUGAGUUUGAAUUAUAAAUCUGUUGGUGAAAAGGAACUCAGAUCGUUUGUGUCACAAAGAUUAAGAGUAUUUAGUGAAGAAGAAAUGGAAGUUGAUUUGGUAUUACAUGAUGAGAUGUUGGAUCAUGCUUUACGAAUUGAUAGAGUACUCAGACAACCACAAGGUCAUAUGAUAUUAGUUGGUCCUAGUGGUAGCGGUAAAUCUACUUUGUCUAAAUUUGUUGCCUGGAUCAAUGGUUUAAAAGUUGUCUUCUUGAAUGUCAGAACCAAUUAUACAAUUGAAAAUUUUGAUUCCACGUUGAGGCAAAUUUUAACUCGCUGUGUUAAUGGUGAAAGAAUUUGUUUCAUAAUUGACGAGUCGAGUAUUUUGGAAGCAUCUUUUAUUGAAAGAAUGAAUACAUUGUUGGCAAAUGCAGAGAUUCCGGGUCUUUUUGAAGGAGACGACUACACGGCUUUAAUGAAUAACUGUUUGGAAAUUUCCCAUUCUCAAGGGUUACUAUUAGAUACUGAAGCUGAGUUGUACAAUUGGUUUGCCCAGCAAAUAUCACAAAACUUACACGUGGUGUUCAGUAUUAGUGAUUCGACCGAAAGUAAUAGUCAAUCGGUUAUUUCGUCACCUGCAUUAUUCAACAGAUGUGUUUUAAGUUGGAUGGGAGAUUGGUCCAAUAAAUGUUUAUAUGAAGUUGCAUCAGCUCGUAUUGGAGUUCUUCCCGUGGAUAUUUCUAAUUAUGCGGUACCAAAUUCUUUUACUCCAUACUUGCCAAAACGAGCUACAAACUUGAGAGAUAUUAUAGCUGAUGUAUUGAGCUACAUUCAUCGGUUCGUUCCAGAUUACAGAUCUACAUUGUGUUAUGAAAGAACUCCAAAUGAUUACUUGAAUCUCGUCCAUAUAUUUUCCAAGCUUUUCACAAAGAAACAACAAGAACUUGAGGAUAAUCAACGACACAUUACUGUUGGUUUAGAUAAAUUACGUGAGACCGUUAUUCAAGUUGAUAAAUUAAAAAACGAACUUGCACAAAAGGAAGAAACAUUAAAAGUGAAAGAUAAGGAGGCUAAACAAAUGUUGAAUAAGUUGCUUACAGAUCAAAAUGAAGCAGAGAGAAAACAAGAAUUUUCAAUUGAUGCUCAGGCCGAACUUGAGAAGCAAGAAGCUGAAAUACAACGAAGAAAAGAAAUUGUAAUGAAAGAUCUUGAGUAUGCGGAGCCUGCAGUUCUUGAAGCACAGAGAGGGGUUCAAAAUAUUAAAAAGCAACACUUGUCGGAAAUCAGAAGUAUGGCUAAUCCACCUGCCGCUGUUAAGAUGACAAUGGAAUCGGUUUGUAUUUUGCUUGGAUAUAAUGUGUCAAGUUGGAGAGAUGUUCAGUUAGUUAUUAGAAAAGAUGAUUUUAUUCCAAAUAUUGUCUCCUUCAAUGGUGAAGAUCAAUUGUCAGUGGAAUUACGUGAAUACAUGGAGAAGGUAUACUUGGCUAGAGAAGACUAUACUUUUGAACUUGUCCAUAGAGCAAGUAAAGCAUGUGGCCCAUUGCUUCAAUGGGUUCAGGCACAAUUGGCUUAUGCGAGAAUUUUACAAAGUGUUGGACCAUUACGUGAAGAAGUUCAACAUUUGGAACAACAAACUUUAAAGACAAAAGCCCAAUUGAUAGCAGUUGAUCAAAUGAUUUUUGAAUUAGAAGAAAGUAUUGAGAAAUAUAAAGAGAGUUACAGUGAAUUGAUUAGAGAGACUGAAAAUAUCAAGAGAGAAAUGGCCUCGGUGCACAAAAAAGUUGAUAGAAGUAUGGCAUUGAUUAAGAAUCUUACCAAAGAACGUGAGAGGUGGAAGGAAUCGGUAAGUACCUUUAGUGCUAAGCGUGAUAAAUUAGUAGGCGAAAGUGUUUUGGUUGCUGGUUUCAUUGUUUAUGCGGGACUUUAUGAUCAAAAAGGUAGAGAAUUGUUGUUACGUAACUGGAAGAAUAAAUUACAGGAUGCGGGUAUUCCUUAUGAUGAAGCACUUACCAUUGGUAAUUAUUUGGCAAGUUCAAAAGAGAUUCUUCACUGGGUCAAUUCAGGAUUGAUUAAUGAUAAUUUAAAUAUUGAAAACUUUGCAUUAUUGAAAUGGAGUGACAAUCCGGUGAUUAUUGAUCCAAGUGCAACAAUUGUUGAUAUAGUAGCCAAAUCGACAGCCAGUAAAUCUGUCACUGUGACCAGUUUCUUAAAUGAUGGUUUACUUAAUCAAUUAGAGAAUGCAUUACGAUUUGGUGGGUUGAUGAUAAUUCAAGAUUGUGAAUAUUAUGAUCCUAUUGUUGAUAAUAUUUUAAGAAAGGAAGUUCACAGAAACGGUGGUAGAACUAUGAUCAAAUUAGGCGACCAAAUUGUUGAUUAUUCGUCUGAUUUUAAGUUGGUUCUUUGUUCUAAAGAAUCACAAUUGGUGUUGCCACCAUCAGUAUCUUCAAGAACCACGGUUGUUAAUUUUACAGUUACUAGUGGAAGUCUUGAAAAUAGAGCAUUGGAUAUUGCCUUGCAAGAGGUAAGACCCGAUGUAGAGCAACAGAGAGCUGAAUUGGUAAUUCUUAAUGGUGAAUGGAAAUUACGUUUACAAGCCUUGGAAGAAGAAUUGUUGAAUUCACUUGGAACAACUGCUGGUGAACUAUUGGAUAAUGAUAGUGUUAUGGAGACCUUAGAAACUUUAAAGAUAGAAACAGAUGGAUUAAACGAGAAGCUUGCACAUUCGGUUGAAGUAAUGAAUCAUGUGGAAGAAACUAGAGCCAAGUAUCAAGAUGUUGCUCGUGGUUUAUCAACCAUUUAUUCUAUUUUUGAAUCGCUUGGGGGAAUUAAUCAUUUCUACAACUUCUCGUUAUCCAGAGUUAUUAAGAAUUUUUCCGAAUUAUUGAGAAGAAAUCUUGAUUCUAACCCUACUGACUUGAUUGUGAAUUUAUACAAAGAUUCAUUUGCAAGAGUUGCUAGCUCAUUACAAUAUCAAGAUAAGAUAGUAUUGGCAUUAGUGUUAACCGCAGCAUAUUAUGUGGAAAGCAUUGGAGAUAUAUUUAAAUCAGCAUUCAUUAGAAUGUUGGAAACAAUUAUUGCCGAUGUUGACUUUGAAAAAUCUGUUGGACAAAUCCUUGAUAUGUGUUUGGCACGUAAAGAAGAUGGUUGGAAUAUGGAAAAUAUUAUAGAAUUGAAUCAAGAUAAUCUGACUUUACAAAUACUUUCAAAGUUAAUGUUGUUAUUAGCCACGGGUGAUGUGGCACAAAAAUCAGAGUUUGUUGAUUCUUUUAGUCAGAUUACUUCUGUUUUGUUUGAAAAGGAUUCUACUCCAUAUACUUCAUCUUAUGACUUACCAUAUUGGAUAAAUGAAUAUGGAGUUAAUGUUGUUAUUUUGACAUGUCCAGAUGUGUUUGAUGCCUCAUAUAAAGUUGAACAAAUUUCUAGUCAAAAACAAAAACCAUUGUCAAUUGUUUCGAUGGGUUCAAAAGAAGGUGUUCAAGUUGCUAAUAAAGAGCUUGAAAAGGCUGCUACUUCAGAGAAAUGGAUUUUAAUUCAAAAUAUCCAAAUGUCGCCAGCUUGGUUAUCACAACUUGAAAAUAAACUAUCAAAUUUGCAUUCAGGAACAAGAGUGUUUUUAACAUGUAAGAAUAAUUCUAAAGUUCCAAUUGGUUUGAUAUCGAGGUGCAAAGUUUUGAAUUUUGAGAAUGAAGUUGGAAUUAAGCAAAUAGUUUGGGAGACAUAUAAAUUGAUUUGCAUGCUGAACAAAGAUAAAUUACAGAAACACGUUCUUUUAUUAUUGAUCUGGUAUCAUUCAGUUCUUGUUGAAAGAUUGAGAUAUGUUCCUGUUUCAUACAAGAAGAAGUAUGAUUUUAAUGAUUCUGAUUUUACAUGCGGUGUAUCUUUAAUUGAGAAAAUAUUUGCAAAUUAUGAUGGUAAACCUGAGUCAAUUCCAUGGAAAGAGAUUAGGUAUCUUAUUGGAACCAUUACAUAUGGAGGUAAAGUAGAUAACCAUAAAGAUUUGGAAUUCAUGAAGAAGUUGGCAGAAGAUAUUUUCACCGAAAAAUCAUUUAAUUCUGAUUUCAAUUUAGUUGCAAAUAAAUUUACCUUAGAGAAUAAUGAAAAAUUGUUGUUGCCUGAUUCUCAAGAUGAUAUUGAAAGUUGGAUUAAUAAUUUGCCAUAUGAAACACCAUUAUCAUGGAUUUAUUUGCCAAUGAAUGCUAACACCCUAGUCAAAAAACAAAUGGGAUUAGAAAUAGUUGAAAAAGUCCUUGAUAUAGUUUGA